AUGAAAAAAUUCUACGUGGUUCGAAGAAAAAUUGAGCUGUUAACUGACGAAGAUGACGAGAAGGAAGCAAGCGAUAGCAAGGAAACAGUUGAAGAACGUGCUGUUCGUUUGGAAACCCUCGCGGAAAGGCGAGAAAUUGAACACUCUCAAAUUAUACAGAACGCCGAAGAUCUCUUCUGUGAGCUGAAGUCGUUACUGCAAAGUUUGAAACCAGCUAACACACCUACACAAGUGCCCGCUGACGUUGCACCUACUCCAAUAUUACCUACUACCAACUCGGUAUCAAGAGUCAAGCUUCCCGAUAUUCGUCUCCCUAGCUUUGGAGGCAAAACAAGUGACUGGGUCACAUUUCGUGAUAUGUUUCAAAGUUUGAUUCAUCACAACGAUCAAUUGAAUGCAAUCGAUAAAUUUUCGUAUCUUCGAUCAUCGUUGAUCGGCGAAGCGUUGCAAGAGAUUUCGUCAAUAGAGAUGUCGGUAGUUAACUAUCCAAUUGCUUGGGAUUUGUUGAAGAGACGUUAUGAAAACCGAAAACUGAUAGUCAAGGCUCAUCUGGAUGCGUUAUUUGCUGUUGAACCGAUGAAACGUGAAAACUACGAGGCGUUGAGUCAUCUUAUAGGCGAAUUCGACCGUAAUUUGCAAAUGUUGGAGAAAGUUGGAGAGGAUUCGUCUCAAUGGAGCACAAUAUUAGUUCACAUGAUCUGUUCGAGGCUAGAUCAGGCUACGUUACGACACUGGGAGUCACACUAUAGUUCGAAAGAUGUUCCAACCUACGACGCCUUGAUGUCAUUUCUUCGAAAUCAAUGUUGCGUCCUUCAAUCAAUUGCUCCACCUAAAUCGGUUCACAGUGAAACAAAGAAACCUAAGUUCACAGUGUCUCACACAUCUGUACAGUCUUCCAAUCGAUGUCCGUUCUGCGUAGAAGCUCAACAUUCUGCAUUUAAGUGCCAGAAAUUCAUCAAAUUGAAGGUGUCUGAGCGAUUCGAGAUGGUGAAACGUUAUCGGUUGUGCUUGAAUUGCUUAUCUCCGACGCAUCUUGUUCGGUUUUGCACGAAGGGAUUCUGCCAACAUUGCCAUCAGAAACAUCACACACUCUUACAUUCUGGAUCUGUCAUCGGAGGAAAGUCGUCGUCGACAGCACCGCAAACCGAUCCCUCCGUCCCACGUGCACAAAAUCGGCAACAGACAGCGAACAUUCAGCAAACACAAACACUAGCCCAGAACCAUACCACACUCACUCAGAACACUGGAUCAUCUACAAGCUCAUUACACGUCGCAAACGCAAAUUCGCAACCGCAAACACACCCACCACCCACCACAGAUCGUACUCCCAGUACAAACACUCUAGCUGCAAACACAUAUACACCACAACGUCAAGUUUUACUAUCUACCGCUUUGAUUCGCGUAUCGGAUUUCUACGGAAAUGCACUGAUAGCGAGAGCUCUUCUCGAUUCUUGCUCAGAAUAUUGUUUCAUUACUACAACGCUUUUCCAAACGCUGAAGUUACCAGAGACUGCCACUACCCUGUCCGUAGGAGGAAUCGGUGGUUCUAUAGUCAAAUCUACAAAGAGCGUAGAAGCGACGAUAGCUCCAAGAUCGUUGGAUAUUUCAUCGUAUUCGGAAAACGUUCAACUUCACGUAUUGCCGAAACUCACCUCGAAGCUGCCAUUGCAGGCGGUCAACAGUCGGACUCUCGCCAUUCCGGCAGGCGUCAUUUUAGCAGAUCCAACUUUUUGUGAACCUGGAUCUAUAGAUCUCAUAAUCGGUGCUGAGUAUUAUUACGAUCUACUGUUAAAUGAAAGAAUGAAGUUGUCAGAAAAUGGACCCAUCUUACAAAGAACCGUCUUUGGAUGGGUUGUAUCUGGACGUGUACCGGGUACAAAUUUGGAGAUUCCAAGAACCAUUACACAUACGUGUGCAUCAAUUGAUCUUCGGGAUCUCCUCGCUAAAUUUUGGGAACUAGAGUCCUGCAAUAAUCGAAGCACUCAUUCAGUCGAAGAAACGAUGUGUGAAGAAAUAUUCGACAGAACAACUGUUCGUGACUCAGAUGGAAGAUUCAUUGUCACACUUCCUAAGAAAAACUACGUUAUUGAUCAAUUAGGUGACUCAAAAUCCAUCGCAUUGAAACGAUUCUUCGGUUUAGAAAAAAGACUUGCUGUAAAUAUCACAUUGAAGAAGUUAUAUAGCGAAUUUAUCGAAGAAUACUUAUCCAUGGGCCAUAUGCGAGAAAUUUAUGAGAAUGGCGGUGAAAUGCUUUCUUACUACAUGCCUCAUCAUGCUGUAAUCAAACCCCACAGCACUACGACGAAGCUACGUGUCGUCUUUGAUGCAUUUUGUCGAUCGUCUACAGGAGUUUCCUUGAAUGAUGGAUUGCUUGUGGGACCGGUAGUGCAACAGGAUUUGUUGUCAAUUACCUUGAGAUUUCGUUCUCAUAAAUUUGCGUUAGUUGCUGAUGUAGCAAAAAUGUACCAUAUGGUAAAGGUAGCAGAGGAAGAUCAGCCAUUGCAACGCAUUUUGUGGAGAAACGCACCAAACGAGCCAGUGAAGAUCUACCAGCUGACUACAGUAACAUAUGGUACCGCAUCUGCACCAUAUCUUGCGACCAAAUGUCUUCAAAGGCUAGGUAGUGAAGGCACACAAUCACAUCCAACAGCAGCCAGAGUAGUAGCAAAUGAUUUUUAUGUUGAUGAUCUGUUGACGGGUACAGACAGUAUAGAAGAGGGAGUCAUUCUCGCAUCAGCGCUCAUAGAUCUAACGAAUUCGGCUGGGUUCAACCUGCGAAAAUGGAGUUCCAAUAGUCAGGAGCUCCUCUCCUCUAUUCCUUCAGAACUUAGAGAUGAUCGUGCCAUACUAGAACUCGAUUCGUCCGCAUCUACUGUCAAAGCGCUUGGAAUAAUCUGGGAACCAGCAAAUGAUUGCUUUAGAUUCGCCGUGCCACACUGGAAUACAGAGUCAAUUAUCACCAAGCGACUAGUACUGUCAGACACAGCUCGAAUUUUCGAUCCCAUUGGUCUCAUCGGCCCAGUCAUCGUUCAGGCCAAAAUCUUCCUCCAGAAACUUUGGAAGCUGAAAUCAGAUUGGGAUGAACCUUUGCCACUGGAACUGCAAAAUUUUUGGAUUCAGUACCGGUUGAAUCUCUCAGCUCUCGAAACAUUCUCUGUUCCCAGAUGGAUCGGCUUCUCUAGUAACUUGGUUUCUACGGAGCUUCACGGUUUCUGCGAUGCUUCAGAGGCUGCGUAUGGUGCUUGCUUAUACCUUCGAUGUGAAGCAAUUGAUGGAUCAGUUAGCGUUCGUUUGAUAAUGUCCAAGUCUCGAGUAGCCCCAUUAGAAGAUCUUGCUGAGUCAUCUGUAUGA